AUGGAACAUAUGUGCCAGCUGGUGGAACUUAUAUACCACCAAACCCUCCAAGAGAAGCACCUGCACCAGGACUACCUAGAACAUUUACAUCGUCACAUGGACAUAGACACAGGCAUGCACCAAAACCAACACAACAACCAACACCACAACCAACAGUUCAAAACACUGCACCACAACCAACAGUUCAAAACACUGCACAGCAACAACCACAAACAGAGCAAGGACAUAAAAGAAGUAGAGAACAAGGAAACCAAGAAUUCUUAA